CUAGACUGGUUCCCGGAUCCUCAGCUCGGUCAACGAACGGGAACCAGCCUUUGCCGAAUGGCUUACUCGAUCCGGUUAAUAUAUAUCGUUCCGGAUUUUAACAUUGGGCGUCACGUUUGCGCAUGCGUCGAUAUUAGUUUGUUUACUUCCGAUUUUGAGCCGACAAAAUUCUGAAGUUUUGCAGAUUAGUUUGCGACCUCAGAAGAAUCGCUGUUUUUUUAUUUUAACAACCACGUUUUCAAUGGUGACUUGUCUGAGUGAGCUGUUUCUCUGGUCUCUGAAAAAUCAUUACUCAAUACCAGAUGGAGCAAUUGGGUGCCAUGUCUAUCAUGAUAAAGGAGAGCAAGUCAACUUUCUGGAGCAGCCGUAUUAUGAAGAGAAGCAACAGUUUACUGAAGCCAGGGACAUGAUUUGGUCUCCUCGAAACAAGCGGCCAGAAAAAAUAAGAGACAAUUUAAAGGAGGUUGAGGACCUUCUGAGUCAGUUUAAAUGUGUUCAAGUCAGGUGGAAGAACAGAAGGGUGUUGCAGUUGGUGUUGAGCAACUGCUGUGUCCUGACAUUCGUUCUGACCGGUCACUCGGGGGAUGUGGAGAAAAUCAUCAUCGACAAAUCGAUGGUGGCCAAGUUUAACUCGGAAACUAUCUCAGAUGUGUAUCUAACUGACCAGUUCCUGGUGGCAUGUCACUAUGACUGCUGUAAGCUGGACUACGCCCACUUCACUAAGCGCCCUCCCCUCACUGAGGCAGCCAAACGUAUUGACAAGCUGGCCACCUGGGAACCAAAGUCCAUUCAGUUGGACCUUCCAGGCCCCAAGGGCAGAAGACUGGAGAGACGUUUCUCAAGCAACAUCCACAAUGAUCUGUUGCUGGUGUGGUGGUACAAGUCAAGUGAUGAGGCGUGGCCGUGGACCCCUAUGUCUGGGGAUAGAGAGCGGGCAAACCUUAUGGUUAUGUCUGUCAAUGGCCCCAACCCUGAUGUGUUGACAUACACCAAGACUGAAUGUGACCCUGUGCAUGCUGCAUUCAGUGCUAUCCAACCCCACAAGAUCUACACCGUGGAACAAGCUCUGUCUUCAAAGGGGGACACAGUGGCACAGGCCUGCAUCUAUGAAGUAGUCCGAGGGAAGAUACAGAGAGUGUCAGUGACCAACAUUCCACUUAAAGCCAGUGUUCUCUGCCAGUGCCGGAAUCCCUCUGAGGAUAAACUUCUCUUAGGUUGUAGCGAUGCCUCAUUGGUGAUGUAUGACGAGCACAGGAAACUCACCCAAUUUACACGGGCAGCAGUGCUGCCUUCAGUGAUGUCCUGGCACCCUGGUGGUACAGUGGUGUUUGUGGGCAGUGCAAGAGGGGAUGUACAGCUGUAUGACAUGGCUCUCAACCCAUUAAGAAUAAGUCUUGUAUCAGAAGACCCAGGAUCAGAAAAAUAUCUAAGGAUUAACAGGUUCUUCUGGGGCCCAGUGACCUUGACCCACAUGGCCUGGUGCCCCCACAGCCCCCAGACAACAGACUGUGUCACAGACUACAUGGACGCCUUGUUCCUCACGUUUGACAAGGGUCCCCCUGCUGUUUUGCUCUUCCACCUCGGAGUUGUGAGUCGGGAGAGAUUAUCUCCCCUUGAGCUGGUCAGAGAGUAUCUCAAGCAUAAACAGAUUGAUGAGGCUGUGGGUGUGUUGUCAAGUCUGAACUGGGACACGGACGGUCACACGUGCUACUCCUGUCUGUCUACCAUAGUCAACAACCUCCUGCGGAUGCCCCUCAAUGCUGACAGAGAAGCUCAGCUUGAAGCCACACUUGGUACAUUCUAUGCACCUAAACCAGCUAUAUCUGAAGUGACUAUACUGGAGUACAGAGACCCCAUCAGCAGACUAGCUAGACGCUUCUUUCAUUACUUGCUCAGGUAUGCUCGGUUUGACAAGGCCUUCCUGUUAGCUGUUGAUAUCGGGGCCAGGGAUUUGUUUAUGGACAUCCACCACAUGGCCCUGGACAAAGGGGAGACAGCUCUUGCAGAGGUCGCAAAGAGGAAGGCAGAACAGGUGGACUCGGAGUCACUUGAUUCCUUUGAUGGUUUGGAUGAGGAGCUGUCAUUAGAUGAUGGUUAUUACAAUGGUGACCACAAUCCUCGCCAGGACCACGAGAAUCUCCUUGAUCAGCUGCCACGGUCGAGGCAGCACCCAUGGCAGAGUGAGUACUACCGGCAACAAGCAUCCUCGUCCUCCCGCUCCCACCGCUACAUCGACUCCCAGAGACACAGAAAUGGAUCUGUCAAUGGGUACCAGCCUCCUGAUGGAGAAUAUGAGAUUGAUGGAGACCUCAUCCAUGACUACACAGCUGCUCUGAUGGACCAGCCUCCAAGAAGACAAGAUCAAGGACACAGAACAAGUCAUGAUCAUGAAGAGGAAGAGGAGGAAGGCAAUGUCAAGGUCAUACAUUUCGGGGUUGUUUAGAAGCACUACAGGUCUGGGUACAUUCAGGCCAGAACAUGUGAUUGAAUGGGAAGGAACUCGUCUGGACCUGCUGCUCAGAAGCUGAUAUUUAGGCCCAAGUCUGAAGCAAUUCUCAAUAGAAAUCAGAGUAAAAUUGUUUUGCCAUGUUAUGUUAUCACAGAACUAGCUAAUGUUAUGGCUUUUGCAAAGGUGACUUGCAUUUAAAAGCACAUGCAGGAGACAUUUUGAAAUUUCUGUUUGUAAUUCACUUAAGAUUAAAAUCAUAUUCAUCUUGCUACUCAGGAAUUUGAGUCCAUGUUUGUAACAUAUACGUGAUAUACAUUAAUUAUUGUACAGUGAACCGUCCAUUUUAAAAUAUUGUUCAUUUACCGACACUAACAGGUUGUUGUAUAACUUAAAGCGUUAUAGGUGUUUUACAGAUACAAAUCCAUGAUUGCAUCUCAUGUAGAAACUACUGUUUCAGUGUCCCAAUAUUGCGUUGUGACAUGUAGGAUAUAUAUCUGUGGCUGGUCUAUGAUCUGUGACAAAUUGUACAGUCACAUUGACAUAUCAUGCCAUUAUACAAGAGCUGGGAGAAUUCUAUUUUAGAUUGUGAUAUAUAUAUACAAUGUUUCUUUAUUAUUCACUGUAGUCAUUCAAAUCCAGUCUCAUUAAAAUCAGAUCCUUUACACUGAUAUAAUACCUCUGUGUGAAGAUCUGACGUCACCUCCAAAGGAGGUCACAAUAGGUGAACAUUCUAAUCAGCCAAUCAGCAUUGAGGCUUCUAAAUUAUUGGUACAAGAGAGCGUUCAGACGAGUAGAUCUGAUUUCUGUAUUUCAAGUGCUGUCAGAAAGUUCCGUAUGUUUGUCCUCUGUGACAAUUUUCUUUGCUAAGAUUGAAAUUCCCGAUUGGAGGUAGUAAAGAAAUGAUGAAGACUAAUUGUUUUCGAAAGAUGACAUGAUUCGCUCAAGAACCCACGCAUCCUUCAGUCAGAAUUGGGUGGUCAGGGUUCUCCUGAUUUGACCUCUCAUGGAGAAGUCCUCAGAUCUUCAUACAGAGGUAUAUUAUCAGAGUAAAACCUCUGAUUGUAAUGAGACAGGUCAACAAAGCAAGAUUCACCACACAAAGUAUCAUGGAUCUAAGCAUUUUACAAGUAACCACAUGCUGUCCUGUUAUUGUGUAGAUACCUGCUUCUGAACCUGUAAAUGUAUGUAUAUUUUCAAUAAUAAAAGGUAUGGAUUAUAA